CCCAUGUAUAAGAAUGAUGCAAAUUUCGACCUUUUUUUAAAAAAGAAUCCAACAAAAGUUGCAACAAAGGCAACAAAUUGCAGUAAUGCAACAAAAGUUGAUACGAAAAAUAGCCAGCUGAAAAAACUUAAAGACCACCUUAGGACCGUAUGCGAUGUUGCAAAAAUAGUAUUGUCAGCCAAAAACAAUGAAACGGAAAAUCUCAUGUAUAAACUGAAAAACUUAUCAAGGAUUAACGCCGAAAAUCUGAGUAUGAUACAACAAUUGCGAAUGGAAAAUUACAAUACGAACAGCGAUGUGCAAUUUCUUAGUAACUUUAUCCAUAUGGCUUAUCAAAAACUACAGAAAAUGCGUAAUGAAAUACCUAGAGAUAUGCCGCUUAUGGAGGAACUCAAGACUAUCCUACUCGCUUGUGGGCAAUAUUAUUUAGACUAUUGCAACGCGCGCGAUCAAUGCGCACAACUCAAACAACGCAAUAGAUUUCUGACAAGUAAACUAAACAUUGUGGAGAACAACUUAGCAGCUACUACCGAGGAACUGCGCAAUCUUAGAAAUAUAAACAUGAUACUCAAAAUUAAAUGUGAUAUGCAUCAUAAACACGGAAAAGAAGUUUCGAAAAAACUUGUAAAUGUAGAAACGAGCGUUAAUGAAAAUAAAUUAUUAGGCGAUGGGAAUAAAAGUGAUUACUAUGGAUAUAAUGCGGGUAUACCGAAAGAUGUUGAAUGUAAACAUAAUAUAAAUAUAUCUAGCAAAAGUCUAUGUUUAACAUCUCAUUUCGAAACUGUUAAUAAUCUCCUUCUAGAUCAGGAUAUUAUGUUGAAAGAAUUAAAGGAAUUGUAUUUAGAGGUUCGGCCAAGUUGUAAUUGA